AUGGGCCGCGCUGCCGCUCGCCGGGCGCGCCUGGCCGCCCUGCUCCUCGCCGCCGCGCGGGCGACGGGCCCGGCCUGCAGCGGCGGCGGCGGCGGCGCCUGCCCCCAGCGGGAGGACAGCCUGCUGCAGGUGAAGAGCCUUAGGAUCCACGGCACGGCCGACAACAGCGGCGGCGGCGCGGAGGCCCCGCGGCGCGCGCACGAGGGCGCCGAGAAGAUCGAGCACAGCCUGCAGGGCUGCUUCCGGAGGGCGCCCGGCGACGACCCCGACGAGGAGUACAGGUACACAUCAUUGCUAAUAGAUCCCAUCCCCACUGCCAUGGUACGACGACAAGACCUGCGUCCGCGCCAGCGACUUCACCGCCGAGUCGCCGUGCCGCAGCGGCCUCCCUUUCUUCCGGCUGCGGCUGCAGAGGGAGCAGAGCUCGCUGGACUGCAGCCGCUUCUGCCUCACCAAGGGCCUCGACCUGAGCGGCCUGACCGUCGCCCCCAAGAGCCGCGCGCAGGAGUGCCGGUGCGGCGCCACCCCCGAGAACAGGGUGGCGUGACAGGAAGACGCCACCCUCGUCCUUGCUGCUGCCCCGCGGCGGCAAUGUCUCCGACGACGACCCCCACUGCGAGGUCCUGGUCUGGAAAUACGUGGGACCCAUGGAGGACGACGGGGUGCCUUAUGCCCUCACGGAGCUGA